AUGUCACCAACAGCAGCAUCUGCAACAUCCACUACUGCAUCAACCUCUGCCUCAACAUCUCGCGGAUACGAAAUACAAGAACGUGGGGCACACAAUAUCGCCAAAGGAGGUGCACACCCAUACCAACGCCCUAAAUUUACCACCAAGCAAGAAGAACGAGAAUGGGCGAAGCAACAUAUGGCGGGAGCUUUCCGCGUAUUUUCAAGAAAAGGCUUUACUGAAGGAACUGCAGGCCACAUUUCACUCCGUGACCCAGUAGACCCACAAACAUUUUGGAUCAACCCUUUGGGAAAACACUUUGGCUUGAUUAAGGCUUCAGACUUGGUCCAUGUCGAUGAACAAGGCAAUAUCUUACCCGAUGGAAACCAAUGUGCCAUUAAUGCCGCAGGCUUUAUGAUCCACUCUGCUAUUCACAAGGCACACCCGCACGUGCAUGCAGCAUGCCAUACCCACUCCACAUAUGGUAAAGCAUGGAGUUGCCAACCAGACCAUAGAAAAUUAAGUAUGAUCAAUCAAGAUGUCUGUACUUUCUACAAUAGCCACUCUGUCUAUGAGGAUUUUGGCGGAGUAGCAUUGGAGGCUGAAGAAGGCAAGAAAAUCGCCUCAGCCUUGGGUCCCAACGGGAAAGGGGUUAUUUUAACAAACCAUGGACUAUUGACUGUUGGUGAAACUGUUGACGAGGCAGCUUAUUUGUUCACCUUGAUGGAAAAAAGUUGCCAAGUAGAAAUUGCUGCCCGUGCUGCCUUACUGAAGGGAGAACAAUUAACUGAAAUUGGCGACGAAGAAGCAGCUUAUACAGAACACCAUGAUGGAAGCCAUGAGAUGUUGUACACUGAAUUCCAACCAGAUUACGAGAUGGAGAUAUACUUGGAUGAUAGCUUCUUGAAGUAG